GUCCUGCUCGCGGGUGGAUGUGUUCAAAGUUUAAUCGGGAGUAGCUUAAUUAAAAGUAUGAUGUUGGUGCUUUAAUCGAGUACAUAAAACACGCGAACUUAUUUGGAAGACGCAAGUGUAAUAAACCAUUUAAAGAAGGUGUGCAGUGUUUCGUUGGAUUUUAUUGUUGGUGGACCUGUCCUGUUCUAUUAUUGACGUGCGAAGAUGUUAAAAAGUUAUUGGAGGAAGAAUAUGUGUCGAUGAAUGUUUGGAACUGGGUUUUCCUCGAUUGAUGUUGACAAUUCUGAUAAGAGUAUCACUUUAUUCAGAACAAUUUGCCGGGCUCAAUAGUGAUUAACCUAUAUGAUUAUAUUCCAUGAACGCCGAGCGCCUACGCACCGAGAUCGAGAUGAACCAGCAAAACAAUCAAUGAACUCCAGCCUUCCCACCGGCGUAUGAUUUAAUCCACAAUUUCCUGCGAUAAGCAGCUAUUAGCGAACAAGUCGGCUAAAUAAAAUUGUGUUAUGCCGAGAUUCAUUCAUCACCAGCUGAUUGGUUCAUGAGAAACGAAUAGCAGUGAGAAAGAAUAUUAAAAAAAACUCCAAAUCUGUCGGUUUGAUUCGUGUGAGCCAACAGGUGGCACGCGAAUCGAGCAGUCAGUAGAUAAAAACCACGAUGAUCUCCACCAGCAGAAGCAGCAACAGCAUCCCGGCGACGCUCCUUUGUCUGCUACAAGUGGUGGCGACAGCGUUAGCCACGCCACAAAAGGCAUGCGGUCUCUAUGGGCAGCCACCGUGUACCUUCGUUCCGGCCCCACCCGGAAUGACACCCAAGUGUGCAUCCCCAGGGCGAACAUUCUGCGAGACCAAUCCGGACUACCCUUCCUCCGUGAUCAAGCAUUUGGUGGAGAGAUUGGGUUAUCAACGUAUUUUGGCUGACGAAGAACGCAUCGAAUACAACGCACAUCGACCGUGGGUGGAAGAACAUCAUCACUAUUUUUAUGGCCCCCAGAUGCACAGCGGCACUUAUGACUCGGCCAAUCAUAAACCCGCAACUCACGAGGGUUACAGCAGCUACCAUCACGGACCGCAACAGCAGCCGUAUCAACAGAAUGACAAUACCGUUGCGUAUGAUCAGAAGAGAAUCUCUGCUCCUAGGCCACAGCAAUCGUACAACUACAACAUCUACAUAAGACCAUCAGUGUCGCAGAAGAGUCAAGGUACCCCGGGAUCCGUUGGGUACUUUUACUCUGUCCCAGUCACUCAAUACAAUGCGGCUGAGUGGUUGAAACGCUUUGCACGCGAUCUCAGCGAUAAACACAUUCCCAGAUCAUCGCUCAAUGAGCUUCUUUGGUCUUCACAACUCGUGCCGUCGCCGUCGGUUGUUCUAAAGCCACCACAAUUGAGACUUUCGUUCGGAACGCUAAUGAAUGAAACCAUCUAUCGGGAUAGUUUGCUUCGGUCACGCCAGAAACGCCAGAUCACGGCGGGACGAGCUGAACUCUGUCAGAUUCGCGAAAUGUACGUAACGCCUCAAGCUGCGUUGAAUACGAAGGGCAACUGGAUGUACGUAGUCAACCAAGAGAAUUCGCGACAAUUGGUUAAAGCGGACCUUUGUGCGUCAAGCGAGUGCUCCAACUUGUGCAAUCUACCGAACGGGUAUAACACUAAGUGCGAGCAGAAGUUCGCCCAGAAGCGGCUACUGACGCUGGAUGGGGAUGGCCAAAGUCUGUAUGUGGAUACCUACUGGUUUCCGAGCUGCUGCGUGUGUACGAUUGCUGCAAAUAUCUGAGAGCUGCUGGACUGGCGAUCCGAACCUAGAGAAGAGAUUCCUAAUACAGCUCCUGGCGGAUUCAUGUGAAUGAAUCACGCGGAAUGAUUAGACUUAAUGCUCAAUAAUUUUACGAUGCUAUAACCACUACUCGCUUAGUUAUUUUAGUAAUGAAUGCAAUUGUGAUUAUUUUUUUAUUGUAACAUUAUCCUUUAGAAUUUUAUCCUCAUG